AUGUCGGUAUUGACUGCUGUAAUCGCCUUUUCAUUAAUUGCAUUCUUUUUAGCCAGAUGUUACCGUCGACGAAAAAUGUAUCGUGAAGGACCGAAUAAAUUAAUUAUUUAUCCAGACGAUGUUGUAUUUAUGAAAGCUAAUAGAGCAGUUAAGCAUGCAACACCUAGUAAUGUUGAUUUACGCUUUCCAACAUUGAAUAGUGAGACAAAAAUAAGUGGUUCUCAUACCAGUCAUACUAAUCAAGUCAAGAUAGACAACCAGAACAAAUCUUUAGUCUCUGUAAUGAGUGGAGAAGGAAUCGAAGAUACAAAUGUUGCACGAUAUAAUAAUGGUUUAAUUUACAUCAAAAAAUUGGAUUUGAACAAUGCUGCCUUGAAGAGUAAAUUUCUAGAUCAUAUUCGUUUGUUAAGAGAGAUACGCAAUGAAAAUGUCAAUCAGUUGAUUGGUUGUUAUGUUGAUCUGACAGCUUUAUGUUUAGCAUUUGAUCAUUGUACACGAGGAAGUUUAAGAGAUAUAAUCAAGAAAGAAUCAAUAAACUUGGAUUGGGAGUUUAAACUUUCACUAGUGACUGAUGUAGUCAAAGGUAUGAGAUAUGUACAUUCGAGUCCACUUAAAAAACAUGGUUGGCUGAAAUCUACAAAUUGUUGUGUCGAUGGUAGAUGGGUUGUAAAAAUUACCGACUAUGGAUUACCCGAUAUCUAUAGUAUAUAUGGGACAAAUAGAAAGAUAAAAGAUGAAGAAUUACUAUGGACUGCACCAGAACAUUUACGUGAAGAGAACAAUGUACAUUUUGGUAGUCAAAAAGGUGAUGUCUAUUCAUUCGCUAUUGUAAUGCAAGAAAUUAUAACACGUGAUGAACCCUAUGGUAUGCUUGGAUUAAGUCCAAAAGAGAUAUUAAGUAAAGUUCGUAAACCACCACCAUUGUGCAGACCAAAAGUAUCACAGUCUGAAGCUCCACCAGCGUAUAUAGAAUUUAUGAAACGUGCAUGGGCAGAGAGUCCUGUAAUGAGACCAACAUUCGAAGAAAUCUAUCAACAGUUUAGACUACUCAAUCAAGGAAGAAAAAUUAAUAUAGUCGAUCAUAUGUUCAAAAUGAUGGAAAAGUAUUCAGCUGAUUUAGAAGAUCAAGUGCGAGUACGUACAGAAGAACUGGAGACUGAGAAAAAGAAAACUGAACUAUUAAUUGCAAGAAUGCUUCCUCCAGUUGUCGCCGAAACACUGAUGUCUGGAAAAGCUGUUUGUCCAGAGGCCUUCGAUGAAGUGACAAUCUACUUCAGUGAUAUUGUUGGCUUCACGACAAUCUCUGCAUUGUCGACACCUUUUCAAGUUGUUGACCUGUUAAAUGAUCUUUAUACAAUGUUUGAUGCAACUAUUGAUUAUUAUGACGUAUAUAAGGUUGAAACUAUCGGUGAUGCAUAUAUGGUGGUUUCCGGCUUGCCUGUACGUAAUGGUCGAUUACAUGCAGGUGAAAUAGCAACUAUGGCGCUAGAUUUAUUAAGCCAAUGUGGAACAUUUGUUAUCCGCCAUAUGCCUGAUGUACCGCUUAGACUACGUAUUGGAUUACAUUCAGGUUCAUGCGUCGCUGGAGUAGUUGGCCUGACCAUGCCACGUUACUGUUUAUUCGGAGAUACAGUGAAUACUGCAUCAAGAAUGGAAUCAACUGGAUCUGCUUUCCGUAUCCAUGUCAGUCCAACAACAAAAUCUAUUCUGGAUAUUUUGGGCGGUUAUCAUUUACAGUUACGUGGUAAAGUUGAAUUGAAAGGCAAAGGUUUAGUUGAUUCAUUUUGGUUAAUUGGGAAGGAUAACUUUAAUAAACCGCUACCUGAUCCACCUCCAUUAACAGAAGGUGAUAAUCAUGGACUGGCCUCAUUACUUAAACCAGAAGAAUUAAAGGCCAUGGCAGAAAAAAAUCUGGCAAGUGACACUCACAACAUAGAAGCACAACAUGCUGGUACUGAUAUAAACCAACCAGAAGAACAAUCAAGUAAUGUUGUAACCUCACCUAAACGAAAAUCAAGUAACUUCUCAGUACAUUUUACUGGAGAACACUCUGACCAACAGGGAUCAACUUCACAGAAUAAUAGCCGUAAUAAGCAUGAUGUUUCACGUCGUCGGUCAAAUAAAGGUCCAUUGCCUCCAGUUGAUUAAAAUGAUGAAAUAUGCUGGUCUGAAGGAGGAGCAACACCUUUACACUGCCAACACACACACACACACACAUGUAAUACUAUUUCAUUAUUAUGUCAUCGCUUAACUCCAAAUUUUAUAUUCAAAAAAACCAACAUUAUGCACAAAUUCGUAGAUUAACCAUAAUGCAUUUCAGAGAUAUUUUCUAUGAGGUCUAAGGGGAUGAUUCGAAACAAUAUUCAGUGUUUGACAUUCAAUUGUUGCUUUGUAUAUUUUCUGUUUCACUAAUAAUUUAGUAGUUUCACUGUCUACUACUUAAAGAGCUAUUAAGUAAUAUCAUGUAAUUUUCGGAAGUUUUGGGGAAAUUUUCAUUGUAUGUUUUCGAGUUGACUAGUACAUAAUAUGCUUUCUUUUUGUUAAUAUGCAAAACAUUCCGUUUCUUCAAACUUUUAGUUUCAAUUUCCAAACCAAUGAAAUGAAAACGCCAACUUUUAACGCUUUAAAAUGAGAUAAGCAAAAUGUUGUAGUACAUUUUUGACGGCAGAUCAUUUCAUAAUUUGUGGAAUAUUUAAUUAAUGAAUGUCAGGAAUAUCAAGAAUUUGUACUGAGUUCAAAUUCAUUUUUGCAAAUUAACUCGUUGUUUUCAAUAUGCUAAAAUGAAUUAAUAUUCAUGGUGUAAACAUAUGCCAACUCUAUGAAUUACAAUUUUAUUUGUACCGCAAAAAUCUAGCAUUGAAUUUCAAACAAAUUUGAAAUAUUUCC